GCGUCCCCAACCGUCCUUCCCUUGGCAGAAUGAAUACGAGGACCAAUACUAGUGAAGGCAAUAGUGACUACAUAACUCUUACCGGGUCCGGUCGAUCACACAUAUUCGAUACCUUAGCCAAUUGUGGCGACCACUGCGUCCAGGUGGACCCUCCCCCGAUCAGUCGCCAUCUAUCAUGGUACCCAACAGAGGCGCAGCCUCCCCCUGCGACGUACAACACCAGCCUAGGUUCACAAGAUUAUCCGACUCAUGAUGGCUCUUUGCAACUCGGAUAUCGAGACAACGCCUCCUUGCCAGGGACACUAGCAGCGUACCCGGGUCAUCAGAGGCUUUCCGCUUCGCACUCCGAGUCGUCUAUAGCAACUCCCCAACUUCCAGUAGUAGAAGUCCUAGAUCCCGGUGAAGCUCAAGAAACCUACCCUCCAGUACUCGGUAUCGACGUCAGUGUUUCUGAAGUGGAGAGUAUCCUGAGGGAAACCUACAACAUACCGAGCACCGUUCCUGUCCAUAUCAACUCCAUUCCCGACCCUCCACCACCAGGUUUCACUUACGUCGCUCUCACUCAGAUAGCUAUUUGGUCGAGCCGAGAGGCGAGGCUUACAUUGGCUGAUAUCUAUUCCUGUCUUGAAAAAAAGUUUGCACACCUUCGUAAUCCCGACACGGCCGCGAAAUGGAAGGGAAACGUCCGUCAUCUACUUUCCCUCAAAAAGUGCUUUGUCAAGUCCGAGAAACAGGCUGGUCGGCACUACUGGUCGCUCGAUUACCGGUAUUUAAAAGGGUUAGACAAACGUGAACGGAAGAGGGGAAGGAAGACUCGUAAUGCUUCCACUAAAGCGGAGGAAAUUGAUGAGAUAUCUCACAAAGAUCCGGUCACAAAAGACGAUUUGUCCUCAUCGUCUUCUCCUUUUUCUACCAACUCUCUAAACCGACACCCUUCAUCCACGUUCAUUGCAAGACCAUCCGAUGCGAGAGUGAUAAAUACCCGCUAAAUCUGGCACGGUGGUGCUUGUCCUUGUGUUCUUAAGCUAUCGGACCAUCUACUCGGAUUUUCGCCAC